GAAGGACAUCGGCUCGACGACAUCUUCAAGUAUGACAUGGCCACGUGCUCUGCUGAUGCUCCAUGUGUUUGCUGUAUAUGGGAGUGAUGCAGCGACGUAUGUUUUUGAUGAUUCAGCAGGUUUAGGGCGGACGUUUGACGGUAUCGGCGGGCUCAGUGCAGGAGCCUCCUCGAAACUACUGGUCAACUACCCCGACGAGCAGCGAAGUCAGAUUCUUGACUACCUUUUCAAGCCCAAAUUCGGAGCCAGUCUGAAGAUUCUGAAGGUGGAAAUUGGCGGAGACGUUCAGAGUACAGAUGGCACCGAGGCGUCCCACAUGCACAACAGCUGGGAUGAGAACUACCAGAGAGGGUACGAGUGGUGGCUCAUGGUGGAGGCCAAGAAGCGUAACCCGAACAUCAAGCUGUAUGGUCUACCGUGGGGGUUCCCAGGCUGGAUAGCAGCUGCGCCACAGGACCCGUAUGUAGAUCCACAACAGACGGCUACGUACAUCGUGAAGUGGGUCCAAGGUGCCAAGAUGCACUACAACCUUACCAUAGACAUAGUUGGCAUCUGGAAUGAACGCUACUACAACGCCACGUACGUCAAAUCUUUGAUCCAGACGCUGAGGAAGGUUUUGGAUGUCAACAAUCUAGGUCACGUGAGUGUCGCGGCGGCCGACGGCACCUGGGACAUCGCCGACGGCAUGCUAGAGGAUGCGGACCUGGCUGCUGCCGUUACCUACAUCGGGGCUCACUACCCGAGUACUGUGACAACUGACGCUGCCUUGAAGACAGGCAAACAGCUGUGGGCAUCUGAAGACUACAGCACCUUCAACGACAACAGCGGCGGCGGCUGCUGGGCCAGGAUCAUAAAUCAGAAUUACGUAAAUGGACACAUGACAAGCACGAUCGCGUGGAAUCUGAUCACCAGCUACUACGAGAACCUCCCCUAUCCCCGCAACGGCUUGAUGACUGCCACUGAGCCGUGGAGCGGCAACUACACCGUCGAGAGCCCAAUCUGGAUGUCAGCUCACACCACACAGUUCACCGAGAUAGGCUGGUUAUAUCUACGCCAUGGUAACGGUGUCGGCCAUUUGCAAUCCGGCGGAAGUUACGUCAGUCUUGUCAGCCCCGACAAGAAGGACCUCACCAUUGUCAUUGAAACCUUGACCCAGGAGCACUCGAAGUGCAACAAACCCCUGGACCCAUACAAUGUAUCGGCGGCACAGAUCACCAUCCAGCUUAAAGGAAGCUUCGUGAGCAUUACACAACUGCAGCCUUGGCACAGCAAGCCUGGGUUCGGAUCUGGAGACAGGGAUAUCUACUUCGAGAAACGUCAGCCACUUAAGGUUACCAAUGGUCAGGUGACGUUGAAUGUCGGUGUCGACGAAGUUUGGACGUUAACGACCGUGUCGACAGGAAACAAGGGCAGCUACCCUCCUCCACCACCAACGAAGACUUUCCCUCUACCCUAUCAAGAUGACUUCGAAGGUUACGCGGUUUCCAUGGAGCCUAAUAACUUUGCCCAACAACUGGGAUCUUUCGAGAUAGUGGCGGAGGGCAACAACAAGUUCAUUCGCCAGAUGGUUCUACAGGAGCCCCUGGCGUGGUGGCCGAACGCUGAACCGAAGCUCGGGAGAAGUUUCAGCGUCAUUGGUGAUCAUAGUUGGACCAAUAUCUCCAUCAAGGUAGAUGCCCGUAUCACCCCUGUCAAUGGCACGAGCGGUGUGUUCCUUGCAGCGAGGGCGGACAAGGCAGGAAUCGCGCUGUACGACACUGGCGGGGUCUUCUUCUACGUCUCCCCUGACAACAGCUCUUACAUCCUCUCAUCGGACCUCUCGAAGACGCAAGUUGUGUCGACAGGGCCCGUCCAAUGGCGCAAAGGUUGGAACACAAUUGAGCUUAGAAUCAUGGGUGAGAUGGUGUUCGGCUUCGUGGACGGCGUAGAGGUUGUGGCCACACGUGCUCCAACCGAGCCAACCAACGGGUUCGCCGGCCUGGGUACAAACAACUGGGGACUGGCCGACUUUGACAACCUCUAUAUAACAUGAUAAAAGACGUCACCAGCAGCAUGACAAAGUUGGUUUGUCCACUGUAAUC